ACCAACAAAAUUCAUUCUCCUCUUUUUCUUUCCUUUCUCUCUCUAGACUCUUGUCUGAAAUAUCGCACUUUGUCGUCAACCAUUUCCCCUCUCUUUUCAUUUCACUCUUCACCCCCUUUUUAAAACCCUUCAUUUGCUUAAAAACCCUCUAUUAAAUUCCACCAUUACAUUACAACUCUCGCUUUCUCACUCCCUUCCCCUUCACUCUUCCUUCCAGUACCUGCAUUAUCGAUUCUCUUUCAUCUUUCGAUGUACCCGAUUUCUAGGGUUUUCCGCAUUAUCUGAAUAAUCAAUACCUAAAACCUACGGUUUUUUGUUUUUAAUUUUCGAUUUUUGUUUUGUAAUGGAGGCUGCGACCGCUGCUGCACGUGGCGUCUCGCUGUCUCAAUCGUCGUCUCGUAAACAAUGGCGUGCUGUUUCUGAACACUCCGUUCGUAACUCCGCUACUGAGGAUUUAGAAAGGUCGAAAUUAGGGCAAUCUGAUGAAAGGACUAUAUAUGAGGUACAACAGGGACAAGAGCCAAUAGAUGUGGUAGACUUUUGCGCGGUACAAAUGGAUGGGAUUAUGGGUAUGGAGGAAGGGAUUUUGCAGCAAAGAAUUCAGAGUUUGGCUAGGCAAAGAGAAGAGAUGCAACAAAUGGAGAUUGAGCUUAGAGCUCAGAUGAUUGCGAAAUCUGAGAUUUCGGAAAUGCAGAAUAGCUUUGAUGCGCGGAUUAAAGAGCAAUCCAACAUGGUUUCUAGGCUUCAGGAGCAACUUCAUGAAAGGGAUCAAGCAAUGCAUGAGCUUGAGAGGAAAAUGGAGGAUAAAGAAAGAGAAUUGCAUGCUGUGAGAUUGGAUAAUGAAGCGGCUUGGGCCAAGGAAGAUCUUUUGAGGGAGCAAAACAAAGAAUUAGCAAGCUUCCGGAGAGAGCGUGAUGGGAUUGAAACUGAGAGAGCUCAUCAUAGAAAACAGGUACAUGACCUUCAAGAACAUAUUCAAGAUAAAGAGAGACAGUUGCUAGAGUUGCAGGAGCAGCAUAGGGUUGUUCAAGAGACUCUUCUCUACAAGGAUGAACAGAUACGGGAGGCACAAAAUUGGAUGGCAAGAAUGCAGGAAAAUGUCUUGCAAUCAACUACCCUGCAAGCUGAGCUUCGUGAGCGGACAGAUCAGUAUACCCAGCUCUGGCUUGGUUGUCAAAGACAGUUUGCAGAGAUGGAGAGGCUCCACAUGACAGUUCAUCAGCUUCAGAUAGAGCUGGCUGGGAAGAGUGGAAACUAUAGUGCUGAAUCACAAAAUAAUCCAAAUGAUAGUUCUGCAAUUGGCCCAAACAGUGGAAGUCUUGUUGAGGGUAAUGGGGUUACACCGAAUACCUCGGGAAGUCUUUCUAAUGGGAAUACAGAACAAUCUCUAUCAUUUGCUUCUGGAAGCGGGUCUACGCAGACCAACCAUGCUCCUACCCAUCCUCUUGCUGCAUCCAUUUUGGGGAUGCCUUACCUUCCACCUGGACAGAUAACUGCAAUGCAUCCAUAUGUCUUGCAUCAAGAAGGAGCUAACCACUCUGUAGCUGCACAAGUGCCUCAGUCUCAUGUUGGCAAUUUACAAUCAGUUUCAGCAUUGGCAUCCCUCCACCAGUGGCAGAACCAACAGGCUGUAUCAGAAGGUGCUCCUAUGCCUUCUCAGAGUCAAUUUUCUUUGUCCCAAACUGAAGAAAACCUUUCAAGGUCAGAUCCAAAUUAUAGUUAUGAGUUCUCUGUCAAUGGACAAAGUCUGCAUCCAGAUUACCUAAAUACGCAUAAUAGCCAGGGAUUUGAUCCUAAAUGCCAAAUGUCAUCUAAUGGGGCUGCACAGACCCUCGAGUCUGUGGAGGAGAGCUAUUAUGUUGGUCCUGAUUCUCAACACAGCUUACAGCAGAUUUCAUCACAGUUCCAAGAGGCGUUGCGUUUGGAACCUCUCAAUCAAAAAAGUGAAAUCACGGCUGAUGAAAGCGAAGUGAGCAACAUUUCCAACAAUGAGCAUGAAAAUCAAGAUGCAGCGACAGAUCUUCUUAGUUCCAUUGCUGGGCCAUCACCACCUGAUACAUCUGGUAACUCGAUACAAUUUGCUGAUGGUUCUGUGAAUGAUGCUAGUGAUGCUGUUUUGUCUGAAGCAUUUGUCUCAAAUGAGCCGGCGAAUAGUUUACCAACUGGCAACAUAUCAGAAUCUGCCCUACUUGAUGAAAGAGCUUUGUUGGCUUGCAUAGUCCGAACUAUCCCUGCAGGUGGAAAAAUUCGUAUUAGUUCAACGCUGCCAAAUAGGCUGGGGAAGAUGCUUGCACCUCUUCACUGGCAUGAUUACAAAAGGAAGUAUGGGAAACUUGAUGAGUUUGUGAACAGCCAUCCUGAACUUUUCUUAAUUGAGGGAGAUUACAUUCAACUUCGAGAAGGUGCACAAGGAAUUAUUGCUGCUACAGCAGCAAUGGCUAAAGUUGCAGCAGCUGCAGCAGCAUCAUCUCCUUAUUCAUCUUUCUUUCCUCCUGUGGCUGUUACACCAAUGGCUCAUGCUGGCCGAGUUAAGAAGUUGUCAACUGUGGAACAUAGGCCUAUGAGAAAUUCUGCUGACAAUACACUAUCAUCAGCUAUGCAGAGCCAUCAUUCUAAUGGUUCUGGUUAUGUUUCUGGAAACCUUGCUAAUGUGAAAAUUUUGAGCAAGUCAAAGGAUCCUUUGGAUCACAAUGGCUCUGAGCUCAGGUCUGGCCAAUCCAUGCUACUUUCUACUGAUAGUAGUGUGCAUUCUGAUAGAUCUAUUCUGGGCAAUCCACAAAACCAGGUUCCAAUUCAUGCGCGGGGUAGUGCUAAUUAUAUUUCAAAACAGCAGGGCAGGACUUCUGGUGCUGCGUUGGCUUCAAGAAGAUAGAUAUGCUUUCGGAAGGGUGAUGCAUUUGCAAAAACAUUACAAAUGAAGCUCUUGAAGAUGUUGAACUGGUUGGAGGGGCUUCGUCAAUGAUUUAGGAGCUCUAUUAAUCUUUUGGUUUAACUAAUUCCUUUUGGAAUUUCCAAUUGAUUUGUGUGUCGCCCCUUGUUGAAAUUGAACAAUUUAUAGCAUGUUUUUAUCGAAUCAAAAAAGACCGAACUUUAAGAUUUUGCUUGGUAUUUUUCUUGUCGUAGAUUAUCCUCCAA